AUUUGAUCUCGCGUUUUCUUUCGCCGAUCGUGAAGCCUUGAGAUAUCGCACUUGCUCUGUGCUGUCGUCAGGUCCACCGAUACUAGAAUAUACAGGUGCCGGUGUUUUGUAGAUCUUGUAUUUGUCUCACAUGAACUGGGACUCAGAGCCUCUGCCGGACGUGACAUUUCACGUCGGCCGUCUCCUCGGCCGCGGGUCGUUCGCAAAAGUCUACUUAUGCGGGUCUAGCAACUCGUUUGCUGUGAAGUUUGUCCAUAAAGAAAAUGCUAGAGCUCUCGCCGGUCUCAACUCCAAAGCUAUUAAGAACGAGGGGCUCUUUCAAAAAUUCUGCUCCAAUCACAGGAAUAUACUGUCUUGUGGAUACACAGGUGAAGACGAAAGAUGGAUUUGGUUUGUUCUUGAUGUUGCAGGUGGCGGAGAUCUUUUCAACUUCAUCGAGGCAGAUGUCGGUGUCCAUAUGGAUGUGGCGCACAUGUUUUUCAAGCAGCUUGUUGGAGCAGUUGAGUAUAUCCAUUCCAAGGGUAUUGCGCACAGAGAUAUAAAGCCUGAGAAUAUCUUACUUGAUAUCAAUGGAAAUCUGCUGCUAUCGGACUUUGGUCUUGCUACUAUCUUCAGGAGACACGGAAGGACCAAGAAAUCCUCGACGGUGUGUGGAAGCGCCCCCUAUGUGGCACCGGAGAUCAUUGCUCAGAAUGGGUCUUACGAACUAGAGCCUGUUGAUAUUUGGUCAUGUGGAAUUAUUCUGUUUGCUUUGCUGACUGGUUGCACUCCUUGGGGAUUCCCGGGAGAUCGCGAUGUAUGUUACCGUCAGUACAUCACACGAGCGAAGCAUCCAGAGUUUUUACAAAAGGCAUAUCCCUGGAAGAAUAUUGAUAAGGAGCCACUGUCUCUAAUUGUGCGGAUGCUAGAAGAAGAUCCACGGAAACGUAUAAAGAUCUCUGGGAUUCGCGCACACCCUUGGUUCAUGCGGAAGAACCCAUUGCUGGAUGUGGAUGGAUCUUGCCCCAGUCCUAUCAAGGUGGCGGAGAAACUGCUCGGUACGCUACAUAUCGAUUUGCCAGGAAGAAAGACACAGCGACCAUUUGGUAGGAAUAAUCUGUUCCGACCAUUGGCUGUUGAUAAGUCGAAUAUCAUGUCAUGCUCUCAGCCCACAGAACUAAAGGCCCGGCAAUCCUCAAUGCAUGCGCAGUCCCAGCCCAACUUUGAGAGCGACAACUCUGGUGAAGGAGCUUUCCGGAUAGACGAUCUAGCAGUCCUCCAGUUUUCUCAAAAGGCGAAGGUUACAAAUGAGUUGGUAACGAUCACGCAAAAGGCGCGGAAGUUUGAUGACUUGCUUCCAAGAGAUACUCUUAAUCGCUUCUUCGUGCACGUUUCUAUGGAGAUGCUCAAAUCCUACCUGCAAGGAUUCCUGUUGCAGAAGGGAAUCAGACAGAUUAUGGAGAAUUCCGAAGAGCAAGAGCACUUUGUGUUUGAUAUUUCUUUGAAGGAUAGGCGCAAGUGUCCUCUCUCUGGAAAAGUGACAUGCUCUCGUCCUCAAGAUCGCAGUGACGCCUUCUGGAAAUACGAUGAGUUGAUCAUAGUCAAAUUCGACCGCAUCAAAGGUGAUCCGCUUGAGUGGAGACAUGUGUUUAAAGAAGCUGCGAGAGCUUGUGUAGAUAUUAUAUGUACCGGCGAUGAUUGAGUGAUCGGGAAGGAGCAUUUAGGUUGAGGAAUGGAUAUAUAUCGAGUGCAUUCAAAUUUG